GCAGUGAGCGCGUCUGGGCUACACGUGAGUGUGUGAAAACAAGAGUGUAAAAGACAUUUCUGCCGUUUGCGUCUGUGUUUGGGCGCAGCGGAGGCCGGCAGGAUGCUGUAUCUGAUCGGUCUGGGGCUCGGCGACGCCGCCGACAUCACGGUGAAGGGUCUGCAGGCGGUGAAGAGCUGCUCCCGGGUCUACCUGGAGGCCUACACCUCCAUUCUCACCGUGGGCAAAGAGGCGCUGGAGGACUUCUACGGGAAGCCGCUGAUCCUGGCCGACCGCGACCUGGUGGAGCAGGGUGCCGACGAGAUCCUGAAGGACGCGGAUGUGACCGACGUGGCGUUCCUGGUGGUGGGGGACCCGUUUGGAGCCACCACUCACAGCGACCUGGUCCUGAGAGCAGUGAAUGCUGGGAUACCGUACAAAGUCAUUCACAAUGCCUCCAUCAUGAAUGCCGUGGGAUGCUGUGGUCUGCAGCUGUACAACUUUGGGGAGACGGUGUCCUUUGUGUUUUGGACGGAGACGUGGAGACCUGAAAGUUUCUAUGACAAAAUCUGUAAGAACAGAACAGCUGGACUGCACACACUCUGUCUGCUGGACAUUAAGGUGAAAGAACAGAGCGUGGAGAACAUGAUGAGAGGGAGGAAGAUCUACGAGCCGCCACGCUUCAUGACAGUCCAGCAGGCCGCAGACCAGCUGAUCCAGAUCGUCCAGAGGAGGAGGGGCGAGGGGGAGGAGCUGGGUGUGACGGAGGACACGGUCUGCGUGGGCGUGGCCCGGCUGGGCGCCGACGACCAGGCGGUCCGCGUGGGGACGCUCCGUCAGCUGGUGUCCUGCGACCUGGGAGCGCCGCUCCACUCGAUGGUGGUCACGGGGAGACUCCACCCGCUGGAGGUGGACAUGCUGCGAAUAAACGCCGAGCCCGACGCGCUGAAGAACCUGCAGGCGAUCGACAGCUCCACCUACACCUCCUAGCGCACACGCAGACCCGGACCAGUACCAGGACCGUCCUGAACUGUGAAGCCAUGUUCUGAUCUAACGGACCAGCAGGUGUGCGCACGUCUGCCUUGAAUGUGACCGAGUCGCAGGUCUGGAGGCGAAGCUUCGAGGAGGAUUCGGUUGGUCCACAUUUCAUCAGAGACAUUCAAGACGCUACAGCAAACCCUGGCCCGCCGGUCCGUCAGUGUUUCCAUUAAAGAAUGAAUCCUGAGAAGCUGAACAUCAUUAGAAACUGCACAACAACCGAACCAUGCGGCUCUGAAGUUAUUUGAGAAAAGGACCUUAAAGAACUAAAGCCAGAACCAGAAUAUUUACGAUGGAAUCCACACCGUCUCAUGAAGGAGUUUUAAUGAGGCGUCAUUACAUCAAAACAACUUCACACACGGUUUCCUUUCCUACUUUGAGAUGACUCUGGUGAUCUCCGGACCCGACGUCGGCUUUCUACUUUUAAAUCCCUGAAACUAUUUAAAUACAGAGGCUGAAGUGACGUCAACGCCAAAGUCUUCCUCACAAAAGCCACGACGACAUUUCCCACUAUUGCUCGUCUUUCUUUGUGAGGACCAUUAUGUCUCUGGCAAAUAGACUCUAUAAUAAAAGA